CGCUUCACCGUUUUCAUGGGGUUCAACCCAAAAGAGAUCUUCCCUGAUCUUACAUGUCUGAUUUUUCUCUUAAAUUCCAGGCGAUCAUUUUCAUAGAUUACUGAAUUCAAGUUCCCAAAUCAUGGAUUUCAAUUCCUCAUCUCCCAAAACCAUCUCUGUAUUUUCCACUUUCGCCACUCCCUUCGACAACAAUUCCCCUCGUGUUAAUGACACCCUCAAUCCCAAGACUCGCAAGCCAAUAGCUUUAUGGCCAGGAAUGUACCAUUCUCCUGUCACCAAUGCUCUUUGGGAAGCAAGGUCCAAGAUCUUUGAGAGGCUCCUUGACCCACCUAAAGAUGCUCCUCCACAGAGUGAAUUGCUUACCAAAACCCCAAAACAGAGCCGCACAAGCAUCUUAUACAAUUUUUCUACUGAUUAUAUACUUAGAGAACAGUAUAGAGAUCCUUGGAAUGAGGUCAGGAUUGGGAAGUUGCUUGAAGAUCUUGAUGCUUUAGCUGGCACCAUUUCCGUCAAGCACUGUUCUGAUGAUGAUAGCACAACAAGGCCACUCUUGCUGGUCACUGCUUCUGUUGAUAAGAUUGUCCUGAAGAAGCCAAUCAGUGUUGACAUUGAUCUCAAAAUAGUUGGUUCUGUCAUUUGGGUUGGCCGGUCAUCAAUUGACAUUCAACUGGAAGUCAUUCAGUCCACCAAAGAGGGAUCCGAUGCCUCAGACUUGGUAGCUUUGAUGGCAAACUUCAUAUUUGUGGCCCGUGACUCUGAGACUGGGAAAGCUGCUCCAGUGAACCGCCUGUCACCAGAAACUGAACAAGAGAAGUUACUUUUCGAAGAAGCUGAAGCAAGGAGUAUGCUGAGGAAAAGGAAGAAGGUAGAAGAGAGGAAGGAAUGCGAGCAUGGGGAAGUCAAUAGACUUGAAGCGCUGUUGAGUGAGGGAAGAAUCUUCUGUGACAUGCCAGCCUUAGCUGACAGAGACAGCAUUCUUCUGAGGGAUACCCGCCUUGAAAACUCUUUGAUUUGCCAGCCUCAGCAAAGGAACAUUCAUGGUAGAAUCUUUGGAGGGUUUUUGAUGCAUCGGGCUUUCGAGUUGGCUUUCUCAACGGCUUAUGCCUUUGCUGGAUUGGUUCCUUACUUUCUAGAAGUUGAUCAUGUUGACUUCUUAAGACCAGUGGAUGUUGGAGACUUCCUGCGUUUGACAUCAUGUGUUCUUUACACAGAACUUGAAAACCCAGAGCAACCUUUGAUUAACAUUGAAGUUGUUGCUCAUGUUGCCAGGCCUGAGCUGAGAUCAAGUGAGGUAUCAAAUACAUUUCACUUCACUUUCACUGUACGUCCAGAGGCAAAAGCCACGAAGAAUGGAUUUAGGCUACGCAAUGUGGUUCCAGCAACAGAGGAGGAAGCACGCCGAAUCCUGGAACGCAUGGAUGCAGAGACCUUACAUUCGAGAAACGGUGUUUGCAAAUAAGAUAUGUCUCAACCAUUUAAGAGAGACUGAAAUCUUAAUUAGUAAUAACCUUCACACGAAAUCCACCCAUCACCUUCCACAUUCUCCCCAAAAAAGAUCACUAUAUUUAUUAUCAGUGGGGAUUACAUAAACUAUCUUCUUCAGUUCUGGUUAAAAUAAUUGUAGCUUUCAUGUUACAUUAGUGCAUGAACUAAUGAUCUCUGUUCUUGCAAGUUCGAGUUGGAUGUUAAGUUUCUUUGAACGGUUCCAUUUCGAAGAAUGAUGAUUUGAUUA